AUGAAACGCAAGGCCGAAAAACAGCAGCCAGCUGGCCCUGUUAGCGCUGUCGCUGCUUUGGCAGCCCGCAGAGCUCGACAACAGCAAGCUCAGGUCGUAGAGCCACCAAAGCAUGCGCCUCAAGUCGUUACUGAGCCAGAGCCACCUUCGAAAAAGCCACGAAGAUCCCUCGAGGGCCCAGAGAAGACUGGGACAAAUGAGGAGCGUCGUGGUACACGAACAAGGGCAGCAAAGAAACGAAACGAGCCAUUGCCUGUGCAAAGAACACCAGAACGUCCCGUCAAAGUUAUCCAAACUCAAAAAUCAGAACCAAGGCCCGAGGUGGAGGAUAACCUCGAGCGCACCGAAAAUGAAGAGCUUGAAAAUGCCGAGGUCGAGGAUGAGAUGAACGAGGACGAUGUUGCAUCUGUUGUGGGUGAUGCUGAUGGCUAUGAAUCGCCCGCAGAAACUCCCGCAGAGCUCCAGAAUUUUCCUUUGUCAAAGGCUCGCUUGAACAAAGAUAAUAUCAUUUACAGUGAUGAAAGCACUCUUUGCAUCCGCAUUAAGGAGCGCACGUUAUUCAGCAUGGAGCUGACUUUGAUGCAGAACUUGGCGUUGCUAGGCCACUAUGAUCUCUGGGUCAAAAGAGGUGUUGUUAGCCUGAUGGGCGCGAAACUGCACCCGUCCUCACAAUUGCAUCGAGUCUAUGCUCCCUCAACCCACUCUUUGCCAGUCAUUAAAUGUGUUGCUGGCAUUGAUGGUGACGCAGAAAUCGAAAUCAAGUCUUGCAACAGCGGCAUCGCUCGCCUCCGUGACCUCUCGCCUCUAUACCAAAGAAUCUGGGCUGGCGAGAAUACCGCUGCAGAUAAGAUCACCCUGAAAGGUGCCGCAAAAGAUUCGAAGCGGACUUUUUCAGUGCUAUACACAUCGUCAGAUGAUUCCUUAAAUAGACAUAUCCGACCCCUUCACCUUGAUAAAAAGUGGAGUGGCUCUAUGAAAUCCCUCUCACAGCGUGAAGGUCGACUUCGUGUGCUAGUCUGUGGCCCUAAGGCAUCCGGAAAGUCCACUUUUAGUCGCUACUUGUUGAAUCAUGUUCUCAGCCCAACACCGGAGACCGAGAACGGAUAUACCAAUACGGAUGGGGUCGCUUUCUUAGACUUGGACCCGGGCCAACCUGAAUUCGCUCCUAUGGGUCAAGUAUAUCUUGCGCGCUUGAAAUCUCCCUUCUUUGGUCCACCUUUCACCCACCCAUCACUGGACGAUUCCCGUGAUGGUGAGAUAGUGCGGGCGCAUCAUAUCGGUGCAACGUCACCGAAAGAAGACCCUGAUCACUAUGCUUUAGCUGUCAUGGACCUUAUGGAUCAAUACCGCUCGUUAUUGGAGAAGCAUCCUCAAUGCCCUUUGAUCAUCAACUACCCUGGUUGGAUCUUUGGACAAGGUUUAGAGGUUGCAACUUGGCUGGUCAGAUCUCUCGGCCUCUCUGACGUGGUAUAUAUGAGUGAGAAAGGUCCAUCGGAGGUUGUGGACCCAUUGGGUAUGGCGGCUCGUGAAGCUCGAGUCCCCUUGACAAUCCUCCCAUCCCAGCCUACUGAUUUCGUGAGCCGAUCAAGCGCUCAAUUACGUGCGAUGCAAAUUCAGUCAUACUUCCAUAUGUCUCAUCCAAUCGAUCUCAGCACACCACUCUGGUCAGAUGCACCGCUCUCUCGCACAAGACCAAUUACUGUGGACUAUGCUGGUGUACGGCAAGGUAUUCUGGGAAUCAUGGUCAUGGGAUCCCAAAUCAACCCCGAUCUACUGCAAGAAACGCUUGAAGGCGCUGUCGUAGGGGUUGUAGCAGUGGAAUCUUCGAAAGCUAUUAUGGGUGACAUGGCAACACCAGAGAAGUCGCAUGACCAAGACCACGAGUAUAUUGACAAGGACUCAGAACACUCGGGUGAGGAUGGUGCAUCUAGGCUUUUCGUGGCUGAAAACGUUGUACGAACACCCGAAGACCUUCCUUACCUCUUUGUUGGGUCUGGCAGUUGCACUCCAUUGGAUCCCAAGGCGUCGAACUGUCUUGGUCUGGCUUUGGUCCGCUCGAUCGAUACCUCUUCUCGCAGACUUGAGCUCUCCACACCCAUCCCCCCAUCUCACCUACAAAAUGCCAUUGAAAAGGGCCAUGAUAUUGUAUUAGUCCGCGGUCAGCUUGACAACCCAAACUGGGCCAUCAGCGAAGAAUAUCAUGCCGCUCGUGCGGCGGAGCGGCGCUAUCAGCAGUCGACAUCUGGGUCCAAGAAAGCUGGAGACUCUGAUAGUGAGGAGGCACAUGAGCUCGAUCCAUCCAAGCAUAGUCGAACCCUUGCAUUAUUACGAGAGAGGGUCCGUCGGGCGAGCAAUGUGCCAUGGAUGACUGUCGUCGAAGACAACAGUCGUCACCAGCGGGAAGUUGCUGCGCGGCGAGAGAAGUCAUUAUGGAAGUUGAGGAAGAAGGCAUACCCCGGCAGCGAGAGUGAGGCAGAUCAUUAG